CGGGGCGACCGGAUAUCCGGUUCCCGGGGCGACGAGGCGGAAGUGGCAGAAGACGCCAAUCUCCGUGGUCGCUGCGAACGCUCUGUUAUGAGUUGCUAAAACCAUGGUGAAAUGUUGUUCGGCCAUUGGGUGUGCUUCCCGCUGUUUGCCAAAUUCCAAGUUAAAAGGACUGACAUUUCAUGUAUUCCCCACAGAUGAAAACAUCAAAAGAAAGUGGGUAUUAGCAAUGAAAAGACUUGAUGUGAAUGCUGCAGGCAUUUGGGAGCCUAAAAAAGGAGACGUUUUGUGUUCGAGACACUUUAAGAAGACAGAUUUUGACAGAAGUGCUCCAAAUAUUAAAUUAAAACCUGGAGUCAUCCCUUCUAUCUUUGAUUCCCCAUAUCACUUACAGGAAAAAAGAGAAAAGCUUCACUAUAGAAAGAACUUCACCAUCAAAACCCUACCAGUCACAAAUCACAAUCGCCAGGUUGGUGCUCCAUCAUAUACUGAAGAAUUCCAAUCCCAAUUCAUUUUUAAAGUACUAUUGCCGAGUCUACUCAAGAGGCGGAAAUCAGCAGGAUUGAGGCCAGCCUGGUCAAAAGUUAACAAGACUCCAUAUCAACAAAACAAACCCAGUUUGGUGGUAUGCUUCUGAAAUCCCAGUUUCACAGGAGGUGUAGGUAGCAGGAUCAUGGUCCAAGGACACCCAUAUGGGGGACUCUGUUUGAAAAAUAACUGAAGAUAAAAGGAGGUCUGGCCUAUGUGGUAGACCAUUGGCUCGCAAGUGCAAGGCCUGAGUUCAAACUGCCUGUGCUGUGCUCUCCACCCCACCCCCCAGAAACACUUGAUUGCUGAUGCUUAAAAACAUACAGAAUGUAAACUGGGUAUCAGUGAACUCAUGCCUGUAAUUGUAACUACUGAAGAGGCUGAGAUCUGAGGAUCAAGAUUGGAAGCCAUCCUAUGAAGACUAAUUCAAGAAAAUCUUAUCUCCAGAUAACCAGCAAAAAGCUGAAAAUGGAGACAUGGCUUAAAUGUCAGAGUGCCAGCUGUGACCAAAAAAGUGUAUUGGGAGCAUGAAGAUCUGAGUUCAAGCCCCAAUACUGACAUGCAUACACAUGCCAAAAAAAAAAAAAGGGAGAAGAAAUCAUUAAAAAUAAAUAAUGGUUGGUCUUCUGGUAGACAUAGUAAUUAGGAGAUUAGACUUUUCCAGGGCUUUAUUUAUAGAAAUAGGUACAUAAAACAGACAUUUUAGAAAAACUUCUUACCAAAUAUACAAAGACUAUAUCUUAGUUAUAAGUCUCAGAAACAGCUUCUCUCCUAAUGUCUUAUUAAAUGACUGAAAUUUAAAAACAUCAUACCAUGAUUAGAAUAAAAAUUGUUAAUCCAGCUAGGCGCCAGUGGCUCACACCUGUAAUCUAGCUACUCAGGUGGAUAAGCUCUG